AUGAAUGUAAGUUUAAACGAUACAACGCCAUGGCCCCGCAGCGUGCACCUGCCGAUAGUAGCGUACCUAGCGCCGCCCGUGUACGGCGUCAUCUUCCUGGUGGGCUUCGUCGGCAACUCGCUGGUCAUCUACGUGGUGGCCCGCUUUGCCGAGAUGAGGAACGUCACGAACUACUUCAUCAUGAACCUGGCCGUGACGGACCUCGCCUUCCUCGUCUUCUGCGUCCCGUUUACAGCUGCGAGCUACGUCCUGCCGUCAUGGGUCUUCGGCCUGUCCAUGUGCAAGUUUGUCAACUACAUGAUGCAGGUCACCACUCAGGCCACUUGCCUGACGUUGACCAUCCUGAGCAUUGACCGCUACUGUGCCAUUGUCCAUCCCAUCGGUUCUCUGGGAUUCCGGAAGCGCCGCAUUGCCAUCGUCCUGAACAUCUGUACAUGGAUUGCAUCCUUCCUGUUGGCCCUCCCCAUGGUCAUCUACUACAAGCUGGUCCCUAUUUCCUGGUACGGAAUCCGCACGUACUGCCGGCCCGUGUGGCCCUUCCCUGCCUUCGAGCAGGGCUACAUGAUCUACACCGUGCUGAUCACGUACUUCAUCCCGCUGGUGGUGUGUGCUGUCAUGUGUGGCUUCAUCCUCAAGCGACUGUGGAGCCGGUUUAAGACCAGCGAGACUAGACCCCGUAACCACACCCUUCAGACCAGACGCAUCAGUUUCAUGGUGAUUGGAGUAGUGGUGCUGUUCAGCCUCUGCUGGCUGCCUAACCACGCCCUCAACCUGUGGCGCAUGGUCAACAUCCGGAACAAGGUCACCACCACGGUCUACUACCUGAAGAUCAUCGCCCUGUUCCUGAGCUAUGCUAACUCCGCCGUCAACCCGUUCGUCUACACCUUCGUGGGAGAGAACUUCCGCAACUGCCUGAGACAGAUGUGCCAGCGCAGGAAGGACUUCACCCUGGCACAGAAGACCAAGGUCACGUCCAAACUGUCCAAAAGCUACAACACCACCACGCUCACGGCAGCGUCAAAGAUCUCGGUUCGCGGGUCGUCGUCUUCCCGCUCUGCCGGCGGCAGCAAGGGGAGCGUCAAGCAAACGUCGUCCAACAAGUGGGAUAUAUUAGAGGUCGAAGAGUAA